AUGACAGGUGUUAUCCAUGAGUUUUUAUUGAUGUACUCAGUUCUCUAUUUCAUUGAAAUUCCUGAAAAGCAUAAAGAGAAGAAACACAAGAAGGAGAAGAAGGACAAGGAACGAAGAGAAGGUAAAGAUAAAAAGGGAAAAGAAAGAAGUGAUGAAAAACACAGGGAAAAGAAAGAUCGAAAAGAAAAAUACAAGGACAAGAAGGAAAAACACAGGGACAAGAAGAAGGAUAGGGAAAAAGACAGAGAGAAGAAAAGCAUCUCUGAUGAGUCAACAGUUGUUGGGAAGCUCGAGGAAAGUAGUGGGGAGAAGCUUCAUUCAGAAGGACACAACAAAAUCAAAAGCAGCUUCACACGUGAGGCGAAACACGCUACACAUUUUCUGGAUCAAAACGGAGGGAAGCUUAUUCAAAAUAGCCUCCUUCAAGGAUCUGAGGAAUCAAAAUUUGUGCAGGAGCUGGACAGGCGAAUCAGAGAUGAUGAGAAGGGCGCAGAGAGCCAGUUGCUUAACAGAAUUUCAGGUAUCAGCAAAAGGGAUCAAGGGGCAACUUCAAGAGCUGGUAACAGGGAUUCUUCUGGAGUAUUGGCAGGGGACAAGGGAAAGAACAAGGAUAAGAGAGUUGAUAGUAGAAAGGUAGAUUUGCAAGAAUUCAGGGAAGAGUUCAGUGCAAACAUGGUCCAGAAAAAUGCUGGAAUGGCCAAAAGUAAAGUUGAAGCAAUGCCCAAACCAAUGGAGGAACACAAGGAUAGUAGGUUGGAAGAUAAAGAGAGAUCAAAAGAAAAAAGUGAUGACAGUCAGGGAGACAAACACAAGGGCAAGGAUAGAGAUAAAAAAGUCCAUGGGAAGGACAAAGCCAGGAAAAAGGAGAAAAAAAAGGAGAAGAGAAGGGAGGAGAAGGAGAAGGGAAUAAUUGAAAAUAAGAAAAGCGAGCAGGAUAGAUCGAACUAUGUAGGCAGGAACGAUCUUGUUGGUGUUACUAGCAAUACAAGUACACAUCUAUUGAUGGACAUCAAUGGAAAUGCUGUCGAUGAGGGAAAUAUCAGGAAAAUAGAAGAUGCGAAUGUCAAUGGUUUUCUUCAUGAGAGUGAAGUCAGACCAAAUAAAUUGCAGAGGCUUACUCCUCAUCAGUUGACAGAGAAUGAAAGAAAUUUAGAAGCUUGCCAAAAUCCCAAUGUAUCCGCUUCCUAUAAACAGAUGCCUCCUUAUGAUAUUUGCUCGGAUAAUGAGGACCAGAGGAUGACUGUUACUCUUGAAGCCCAUGAACUGUGUCCAUCUAAACCUAAGCCUACGACUGCUACUACUCCUAUUGAUCAAAAUGUUGAAACAUCAAAAAAAUCAGUCCAUCUAGAUUCCAAGUUUCCGAAUGAAGUCCUCAGGUUACCCAAGAUGGAGAAUCUAAUUGCUGAAGCUUCAAGGAGGCCUCCCCAUCCUGAUUUCAAGUAUCUUAGUGAGAUUCUCACAGUACCCAAGAUGGAGGAGUUGCAAAUUGAUGACCAGGAGUGGUUAUUUUACAAGAAGGAUCCUCCAUCGAAAAAGCCCAUGGUGGGAUUUUGUGGGGUCAGGGAAGACUUGAGUGUAUGGUCUGAAGCUAUGUAUAUAGAAUCAGCUGAGGUUUAUGCUCUGCCAUAUGUCAUCCCUUACUGAUCAUUGCUGUUAAUUUAGUGCUGCCCGAUGCAGUGAUGGAUUGGUGUACUUACUGGAUUGUUGGCUUGUUGCACCCUUCCAUUGCUGUGGUAGCAUACACAAUUCUUUGCCCUGGUUCUGAAAUUUUUUCAGUCGAUCAGAAUCCAUCGCAUGAUUGUUUCCUGGUGAUAGUGUCUCUCGUCUCCCAUUGUCCAGGAUAUCGACCUGAUUGAUUUAUAUCGGAAACUUCCACGAGGUAUUACACAAAAUUCAGAAGUGUCCUGCAGGAAGUUGCUCAAGCACCUGAAUCUAUUACACUGCUUUAGGCCGGUACGCUCUCGUUUCUAAUUAGUGUAAGAUUAGCUUUAGUGUCACUAUCACCAUAAUGUAAUAUAGAAGGGAAAUGGGUAGUUUAAUUCAUUUCAUUAACUUCAGAUGUAGUCCUUGUUUAUAAUCCAAGUUUCCGGUUUUUUUUUAA